GUUUGAGAAGCUUAGAGCUUUUGCGAAGCCAAAAUUCGUUGCCGCUAACGACUGAAAACGUGCGCGAGCGAGACGCGACACCAAUAAGUGUGAAAGAGACGUACGUAAACUGUAAGCUACGCCUAAUCAAUGCAUACAACCUUCGCCUGAAGCCUGCAGAGGCUUCAGUGUGUCGCGUACACUUCAGUUGGAGGGUGUGUGUGUUUCCGCCCUGUUAAUAUUAAAUUAAAAAAAAAAAAACAUAAAAUAACUAUUUUAAAUUGAAAACCGCUUCGAAAUUCGAAAACAAACACGCGUUUAUAUAUUAGUUUAAAUUGAUAUUAAAUGUAAUAUUAUUAUUAUUAUUAAAUAUUAAUUAUUACGUAUUUAGAGGAAAAAAAAAUAAAAUAAAACAAUGUCAGUGGAUCCAGUAACCGUGAGACAUCGGAAAAUUAUGUGAUUCUGAAAUGUGAAAACACCAAAUGAUAAAACUGUAGUGUAAUAUAUAAACAAAAAUACAAAUUAUAUAUAUAUAUAUAUAUAUAUAUAUAUAUACACAUAUAUAUAUAAUAUAUUAUACAACAAUUGAAUGUGACCAUAGAAAUUUUUAAAACGCAAUAAACAAAAAGCCAAAAUUGUGAUUAUCGUUUGAUUGUAUUUUUGGUGUUUUAAUUUGACAAGAACAUGAUUUUAGUGUAGUGUUAUUAUUAGAGAAUAAAUAUAUAUAUAUAUAUAUAUAUAUAUAUAUAUAUUGGCAUAUAUAUAUAUUACAUAAAAAGGGGGGUAUACUGCAAAAUGCUUACAAUGUCGACCCUAAUGAUGCCCGCCGCUACCAUGACGACAAUGACAAACGCCGGUCCCAUACCAGUCGCAGCCGCUACGAAGCUCGAACCGGCCAAGCUACUGCAGCUCCCGCAUCCGGCCCUGAUGCAGCAGUUGCCCCAACAGCCGCAGCCUCAACAGCAUCAUCAUCAGCAUCAACACAACAACAACAAACUCGAACACUAUCAUAUCUUCGUGGGAGAUCUGAGUCCGGAAAUUGAGACCCAAAGUCUAAGAGAUGCGUUCGCGCCCUUUGGAGAAAUAUCAGAUUGCCGCGUGGUAAGGGAUCCGCAGACGUUGAAAUCCAAAGGAUAUGGAUUCGUUUCCUUCUUAAAAAAAUCCGAAGCGGAAUCAGCCAUCACAUCGAUGAAUGGCCAAUGGCUGGGCUCCAGAUCGAUCCGCACAAACUGGGCGACGAGGAAACCGCCAGCACCGAAAAACGAACUAAACUCCAAACCUUUGACCUUCGACGAGGUCUACAACCAGAGUUCGCCGACCAACUGCACGGUCUACUGCGGAGGUCUGACCACUGGCCUCACCGAGGAGCUGAUGCAGAAGACAUUCCAACCCUUCGGCACCAUACAGGAGAUCAGGGUUUUCAAAGACAAGGGAUACGCCUUUAUCAGAUUCUCGACGAAAGAGAGCGCCACCCACGCAAUUGUGGCGGUACACAAUACGGACGUCAACGGGCAACCGGUGAAGUGCUCGUGGGGCAAAGAAUCCGGGGAUCCUAACAACGCACAAGCCCAAGGACAGCUCGGGGGUACAGCUUACAGCCCCUUCGGAGCGGCGUACACGGCCGGUGGGGUACCCCCCACGUCGUACUGGUACAACACGUACCCCCAACAGCUGGGGGGAUUCCUGCAAGGCGUCCAAGGGGUACAAGGGUACUCCUACGCUGGACAGUUCGCGGGAUACCAGCAACAGUACAUGGGGAUGGGGGGAGUGCAGCUCCCGUGGGCCCUGGGCGGGGGCGUGGGGGGCGUCGGCUCGGUGGGGGGGGUCGCCGCCAUGUCCCAGCCGCCGCAGGUGCUGCACUACCCCGUACAACACUUCCAAGUCCAGCCCAUCGGUGAAGAUGAGUGGUUGGCCCCGAGUCUACUUGUGUGAGGCCAACGCGCCCCACCACCCGAGCCCCCCUGCUGCUGUCUCCACAAAGAGUGGGUGUGAACUCGUUUCUAUGCACAUUCACAGUUCAUUUAAGUGCGUAAUUUUACAUUUAAAUUAUAUGAACAUUCACAUUUCAUUUAUUUGUAUAAUUUCUCAUUUAUUUUUACAUAUAAUUUUACAUUUAUUCCUGCAAUCGAGUGAGUUUUACGCCAAAGAUUUUUUUUUUUAUUUCGUUAUAAAUGUAUUUUUAUUUUUAGUGUGGUUUUUCUAAUACCAAAGAUUAUGAAGCGGCAAAUAUGGUUCGUGUGUGGAUAGUGCUAAAUAUUAUGAAAUAAUAUUAACGGCUGAAAGCCAGUAAACGUUAUAGUUAAGUUACAUUUACCGUCAUAAUACGGGUGGGAUAUACAUAUAUACUAUCGAAAAAGCGAAAUGUGAGUCAGUCUUGUCGAAAUAUUUUAGUUUCUACUGCUGCUUAUGACUACAUGGGAAAUGCGUUGAAAAUUAAUUAUAAACAAAUAAUUUUAGAAAAUAUAUGGAUAUUUAAAUAUAAGGUUAUUGAUAUAUAAGAUAUAGUUUUAAGCGAUGGUAAUAUCAUUUGUCACGCGGGCCAAUAUACGGUUGCGAAAAUUGUUUUUUUUAUUUUGUUUUUGUGGAAAAUCUAAGCGGUAACUGACGAAUGAGGUCAUAAUGUACCAAAACAUCUGAUAGCACAAGUAUAGUCUAAGAUUAGUGGAAAAAAUGUAGAUUUUUGGAAACAUGUUUAGUAGGGUCGUAGUAAAAAAAUUAGGCAAGGUUCCGAUCAGUGAGUGAGACGUUUUUUAAGACAUUUUUUAUCCGCUGAGAUUGCUAGGGACGUAAGGACGAGAUAAAUAGUUAAAAGAAAAAAAAAAUAAAAAUAAAUAAAUACGAAUAGUCGAAAAUGGGGGUUUCUAGUCAUCUCCCUUCGGACGUGCAUUAUUUUCAUUCUGAAACCGAGACAAUGCCAAAUUCUGAACCAUAAAAUAACGAAAUCAUGAUAAACUUAUUAACUACUGUUAUAAAAAUGGUUGUGUCUAAAUAUUAAUAGAUACACUUUAAUGACUUUGAGAAGAAAUAAAAAAUACCGAAAUGUAGUGAAAAUAUUAGAUUUAUUUAUUGAAUAGGUCGAUAAGUGAAAAGAAAAAAUAUUUAUUGCAUAGAUUGUAAGAUGCAUUUAAUCGUUUACUGUAGCUAGAUAAAAUGGGAAUGUGUGGGAAUAAGAUAAAAAAAACAUUUCUUUCGUUUAUCUCUCAAAAUCGACGCGUUCGUCUUUCUUCUGAAAACUUUCGGCUGAUUCUAUGUGACGACUUUUAUCAUUUUUUUUUUAUUUUUUUUCUUUUAUUGUUUUUAAAAUAAAAAAUCUCCAUCGUGUGUUUUUAUUUUUUUGUUUUGUUUCGUGUGAGUCCCUCUACAGGGGUGUGUUAGUGUUCUAAAAGAAUAUAAAUUAAAUGAGAAGUAGUUUUACUACAUUGUCUUUUUUGAAACAUUUUGAUGCGGCGAUGUUGCGUCGCCCUAAUUCUAUAUGAUAUUUUGUAAAACAUGUAUUUUAUACAUUAUA